CUCGCCCAGUCGUGCCGGUGCCGUGGGAGGUCACUGCCUCUGCAGACAGGGAGAAGAUCCGUGCUGUGGGAGGCAAGGACGGCUGCUCGGGCAGAGUGGAGGUCUGGCACCGUGGCUCCUGGGGAACCGUGUGCGACGACUCGUGGGACGUGCAGGAUGCCGAGGUGGCAUGCAGGCAGCUGGGCUGUGGCCCUGCGCUGUCUGCCCUGGCCGAGGCUGCGUUUGGGGAGGGGACAGGACCCAUCUGGCUGGAGCAGGUGGAGUGCAGGGGCACGGAGCCAUCUCUGCAGGAUUGCUGGGCCCGGACUGCGGAUGGCGGUGCCUGCCGCCAUAAGGAAGAUGCAGCUGUGAACUGCUCGGCUGCACCCAGGAUGACAGCAUCCCCCCCACAAAGAGACCCUGGGCAGAUCCUGGGCUAUGCGGCCGUCAGCAGGAGAGUCUCGGUGCCUGUCAUCAUCUGCAUCAUCCUGGGGCUCCUUGUUUGCCUCCUCCUGGCCCUCCUGGCAAGGCAGAUGCAAAGUGCCAGAGCUCGGCACAGAGACUCCAGGAGAUCCGGGGAGCCCUUCUCCGAAGCCGUGUACGAGGAGAUUGAGUACAGCCCAGUGAGGGAGAAGAAAAUGAGAUACAGUUUCUCAGACAUCCCUGUUCUGCCCGCUGACUCCCCAGUGGAGGGCUAUGAUGAUGCCGGGGAGGCUUCUGACCCUGGGGAGCAUCCUGUGCCAGGGCAGGGAGACUGGCAAGUGCCUGGGGCACAGGAGGAGGGAGAGGGACCCAGGGAUGCUGCCGGAGGAGAGAGUCUGCACUCCUGGAGAAGUGUCGGAGCCCCCGAAGUUGAUGGAGACACCUCACCUCUGUCCCUUGGGAGCACGGGCUACGAUGAUGCUGAUGAGAUGUCUCUGUCGUAACCCCAUUGGACACAAGGCUGUGACACCAGAGCACUGGGAUGCCUGAGCUCUGGGCAGCAGACUUUGUCCCUGCCAUGAAGUUGGCUUUUGUAGACACAAAGGAGAGGUCAGUGCCGCUGGGAGAGCCGUGAGUGCCGGGAGCUCUUUUCACAGGGACGUCAGACAGCCAUGCAACUCCUCCAAGCUUUAUUCCUCUGCUUUUAUGCUGUGCAUCGGUAUCGGUUCCUAUUAAAACCCUGUGAGAGCUUUGAGCCAGAGCUUUUGCUUCCCUGCCCAUAUUUUGGGACAUCUCUCUGAGGCUGACUGGAUAAGCAGAGCACAAAGGCACAGUGUGGGGCUGGGGCACUUCUCGGGGACAGUGGGCUUGGGCUCAGGGCCAUGGUGCCUGGGAAGUAUUCCUGCUGAAUCUACUCCAACCAGGGCAGCUAAUGUGACCCUCUGCAAAGUGCCACGAUGCUCCCCAGUGGGAGGGACUGACUCCUGCUGCCUUGGAGCCUGU